GUCUGUGCUCAGUGUCAAUGGAGUGGUUUAGACAGCCAGGGCUGCCAGAGUUCAGGAGAAAAGAGAAGCUCUUCAGGGUUCAGCUAGUCAGGAAGGGCUGCCUGGAGGAGGAGGAAGAGGCACUAUGAUCUGGUCCUGGCCUUUGCCCUUUGCCCACAAGGUGGGUUGGAGGUGGGGAGGUUGACUCAGGAUGCGUCAGCCCAUGUGGCUUGCCCUUUGGUUUUAUGAUGGCCACCUCAGCAGUAACAACCUUUGACCCCAAGUGAGCUCCCAUGAGAUGGGUGGAGAUGCCAGGCCAUCUCAGAGGCAGAGUGGCUUGUCAAGGGGCAGAAGCAGUGCUGAGUCUGUGCCUCCAGAACCAUGGGAACAGGACUCCGAAGCCAGUCCCUGCGCGGACCCCGGACCUCCUAUGGCAAGCUUCAGGACCCUCGGGGGAGGCCGCAGGAGGGCCGGCUCCGUCGGGCGCUGAGCCUCAGACAGGGGCGAGAGAAAUCCAGGCCCCAGAGCCUCGAUGGAGGCGCAGAAGCACUGGACUGCCCUAGUCAGGAGCGGCUGCCAGGCGGCCUGGGGGACACAGAGCAGCUGAUCCAAGCCCAGCGAAGAGGCAGCCGGCGGUGGAUGAGGCAGUACCAGCAGCAGGUAAGAAGAAGAUGGGAAAGCUUUGUCGCCAGUUUCCCCAGUGUGACCCUGAGCCAGCCAGCCUCCCCAGAGCCCCUACUGGACGCCACGAGCUAAGGAUGCUGGGAGUGGUGGUGGGCCCAUUCUGCACCCAAAGGAGAUCCAGUGUUGGCUGACCUACCUCUUCACAGAGCUUCUGGACUGUGGAUGCAGCACCUCCUCCAUGUGGACUGCUCUGGCUUCCUCCAUGAGGCCUGAGGAGACCUUGGCCACUAGCUCACUUAAAGCCCUGUGUGAGCUAUGCCAACUUUCUGGGCCUCCCACCCCAAGGCUAGCUCUCCACAAAGACGCUGACAGGACUGAGAAGAAGCGGACCCCUGAGGGAUUCUGGGCAUGGAGACCCCUUGGACUAUGGUAUGCAUGAGGGUCUGAGAAGCCUGCCCAGAAGUGGGGGUGUUGAUGUCUUUGGCCCCUCCUCAAGACGAGUCGUAAACGUCCAGGACAGAGCUUGGUGAAGCCAGACCCAUGGCUGAGAGCCUCUCAGACACCAUCUGGUCGACAGACCAUGGCCCAACCAUGCUUCUCCCCAGCUGCUAAUGGUAGGCAGGGACACUAGGUCUCCUUCCCAGAUGGGGAGCCCAUUGAGGGCAAGGACCACAUCUGGGCUGCCCUCAGCAGCAGGCACUCAGUAUAUUAUCUUCCAUCCUCCCACCACCCUGAUGAAG